AUGACUGUCGCACCUGCCGUGACAGGCACCGCACAGCCUGAAACCACUUCAAGGCUCGUCUUGGAAGCUGGUGACAUUGCCGUCAUUGUGGUCUACUUCGUUUUUGUUUUUGCCGUGGGAAUAUGGUCCUCUAUCAGAGCCAACCGUGGGACAGUGGGGGGAUACUUCUUAGCUGGCAGAUCCAUGACAUGGUGGCCGAUUGGAGCCUCUUUGUUGGCCAGUAAUGUGGGCAGUGGCUUGUUCAUUGGAUUAGCGGGGACUGGAGCAGCAGCAGGAAUUGCCGUUGGCGGAUUUGAGUGGAACGCAACCUGGGUCCUCAUCGCUUUGGCAUGGAUCUUUGUGCCUGUGUAUAUCACUGCCGGAGUGGUCACCAUGCCAGAGUAUCUGAGGAAGAGAUUUGGGGGACAGCGCAUCCGAAUCUACAUGAGUGUCCUUUCUCUCGUCCUGUACAUCUUCACCAAGAUAUCAACGGAUCUUUUCUCUGGAGCUUUAUUCAUUCAAAUCUCCCUGGGAUGGAAUCUCUAUCUGUCCACUGUAGCACUCAUAUUGGUGACUGCUGUGUUUACCAUAGCCGGUGGGCUGACAGCUGUGAUCUACACAGACGCGUUACAGGCACUCAUCAUAUUAAUUGGAGCCAUUGUUGUCAUGUUCAUAGCUUUUGACAAAGUGGGCUGGUAUGAAGGUUUGCUGGAGAAGUAUGAAAACGCAAUGCCAGCUCUCACUGUUCCUAACACGACAUGUCACAUCCCUCGAUCUGAUGCCUUCCACAUGCUCAGAGACCCAAUAACUGGGGACCUGCCCUGGCCUGGUCUCAUUUUUGGCCUCACUAUUUUAGCCACAUGGGUCUGGUGUACUGACCAGGUGAUGGUCCAAAGAUCUAUUGCAGCCAAAAAUCUGUCUCAUGCCAAAGGUGGAUCGAUUAUGGGAGGUUACCUGAAACUUCUACCCAUGUUCCUGAUUGUGUUCCCUGGCAUGAUUAGCAGAAUACUUUUCCCAAAUGAGGUGGCUUGCGUGGUUCCUGAGGAAUGCAGCAGUAUCUGUGGAUCUACUGUAGGGUGUUCCAACAUUGCCUACCCAAAACUAGUAGUAGAGCUCAUGCCAGUGGGUUUGCGAGGGUUGAUGAUUGCAGUAAUGAUGGCUGCUCUCGUAUCUUCCCUCACCUCCAUCUUCAACAGCAGCAGUACACUCUUCACUAUGGACAUAUGGCAGCGUUUCCGACGGCACGCGUCUGAAGGAGAACUCAUGAUUGUUGGGAGAGUGUUUAUUUUAGUGCUGGUGGUCGUGAGUAUCUUAUGGAUCCCAAUCAUCCAGUCAGCCAGCGGGGGACAGCUUUUCGACUAUAUGCAGUCCAUAACCAGCUACCUGGCCCCACCUGUCACCGCAGUGUUUCUCAUGGCCAUUUUCUGGGAGCGUGUGAAUGAGGAGGGAGCUUUCUGGGGUCUGAUCGUGGGUCUGGUGGUGGGAGCAGUACGGAUGAUCAUGGAGUUUGCAUAUGGUUUUCCAUCCUGUGGUCAGCCGGACCCCCGACCUGCCGUGCUGAAAGAUGUUCACUAUCUGUACUUUGCCAUCAUUCUGUUUGCCCUAACAGUCAUGGUCAUCACUGUUGUCAGCCUCUGCACACCUCCUAUUCCACCGCAACAUCUUGUUCGUCUGACGUGGUGGACAAGAAACAGUAAGGAAGAGCGAGUGGAGAUGGAAGAUCCCUGGGCUGCUUCACCCAGGCCUGACACCUCUGAGUCUGGUAGUGUUGCUUCAGUAGAACAGGAGGCCAUGACUCUGCCAAUGUGGAAGAAACUUGGAAUGUGGGUGUGUGGUCUCUCACAGCAGCCCGAAGUCAAACUGACUGAAGAGGAAAAGAAAGCUCUAGAAAAGAAACUCACCAGUAUCGAGGAGGAGCCCCUUUGGAAACAUGUGUGCGAUGCCAAUGCAAUAAUAAUUCUUGCCAUCAAUGUGUUUCUUUGGGCCUACUUUGCCUGA